AUGCGUCCUAGCGGCAGCAGCAACAAGAAGCGCGACACCGAAGACUCUGACGGUACGGAAAGCGGUGAAGACGAUGAUGGAAGCAACGGCGACGAUGAGGACGAGGAAGAGGGAGAGGAAGAUGACGAGGACGAGGACGAGGACGAGGACGAGGACGAGGACGAGGACGAGGACGGGGACGAGGACAAGGAUGGUGACGAGUUUGUUGAUGACGGAGUAGAGACCGUGGCGGAGUCGAAGAGCACUGGGAAGCAACGGGUGAAGAGGCGUAGGCGCCAGACACGCGCCAAGGUGACACAGCUCCCCAGGGACAUCAAGGCCCUCGUCUCUGCGGCGCAGAACUGCCUCCGUCUGCGCAUUGCUCUCAAGAACGCUUGGACGUCUGAGCCAUCAGUCAGCAGCGGCCGUCUUCCUGAGAGGGACGACCUCAUCAAGAGUAGUCUGCAGGAUGCCUAUGAACUGGGCAGGGCAGGGGCUCGUGACAAGUCCAUAAGGACCGCCUUCCAAGUGCUGAAGGGGAACAAGGGGAACAAGGACACUAAGGAGACUGACAAGCUGCGCAAGAAUGUCUACACAGUGGUCUGGGCGGCUGCAGCGCAGUUCCGAAACGAGCUGAAGAGGAAGGCCAAAACUGUUACCUCUCAGAUGUACGAGCUCGACAGCCUGUCUUCUCAGCAGAAGAGGAACCUGGCGACAUGGUUGAUCACCACUCACCCGACGACCGUCGUUGGUGGCUUGCGUAACAUCCCUAACUUUGUCUUCGGUGGCAUGACGAUUGCCUUAGAUGCGCGCAAGCAUUUUGAUGCCGAGAAGAGCGACUUUAAGCGCGGGGAGGUGUUCCUCCACCCGGCUAUUUCAGAGCUGAUUUACCAGCACUGGGGCCUUGGAGCUCGAGCGGACGCGAACCUGCAUGCGGCCACGGAAGAGUUCAGCGAGGUGCCGAACAACCUGAUCGCUGUGGUGUGCAACGCUAUCGAGUCCGCCCUCAUGGAGUUUGCCAAGCCAGGUGCAAAGAACUUCUUCACGAACAAGCAGUAUGCUGCCAAAUGGGACGGCGUCAUGGCAAUCUUGGAGUUCAUGGAGGCUCAGCACAAUCCGUCCUACGUGAAUAUGAAGCGUAUUGUGUGGAAGUCCAUCAUAUCGCGGCUCGAAGACACGGACGAUGUGGACGAGGUGGGCGUGCAUACCGGUUUCCUCGAUGUGGCCCUUGAGGAGCAAGAUAUCGUGGUUUUGGGAGGGAGCAAUGCAACGCCGCAUGGCUCGCCUGCUGGAAAGCCUUCGAGCACAAGGAAGGCUCCUACUGUCUCGGCAACCAAGCCAUCCAGUUCGUCGAGCCCUGAGAAAGGCGGUCAGGAGGGCGACGACAACGUCAUCAGUAGAGAGGGCCCUUCUGUGCGCAGCAGCCACAAUGCCCAGGCAGAUGAUGACGUGGCUGCAGAGGACGUCAGCGAGAAGGACGGAAGUGGGGAAGAUGAGAUCGAGCACGACGAGGUAGACGAGAGGGAGGACAGAGCCGGGGAUGCUAAGGAACGUGAAGGUACGCAUGUCCGUCAUCUCAUCACAGAGGAUGAUCCAUAA